AUGUUUAUCCUUAUCUGCGGUUUUCAACGUGAAGUCUGACUGUGUUUGCCGAAUUCGGUGAAAUGGCGAAAAAUCAUCGUCGAUGGCAUCGUGCAUAUCCUCUCACUAUUUUUUUAUCGUGCCAUCUCUUUUCCACAACUGGAUACAGAUUUUCUCUUGGCCCCGCCACAUACCACACUCUCAAUAAGAUUAUGCGCGAGUCAUACAUCGGAAUACGUAUGAUUACAUGCGCCACACAUCAAAAUGUCAACAAAAAUGUUUCAAUUUACGAACCGUGUAUAUGCCAGAAAUCAAAAAGCGAUGCAGUUCCCGAAAACGUCACAUUCCCGUUUCGUUUUCUAAUUGUUUGUUUUGUUGAAAUGUUUCUACAUUCAUUUUUUUCCACACUCUCACAUUCACCGCGAGAUGAAUUACAGUUUGCCAAGUGUGCGCAACAUAUAAACUAGAUGAAUUUAAGCUUUUAAUUUGUAAUAUCUAUUUGAAUGUAUGAAAAAGGUGAAAAUUUCGUUUAAAAUAAAGUGUUUCAAAAAAAGAAUGAAAUAAAUUGUAAUUUGGCAAAUUAAAAAUAAAUUUCAAUGACUGUGAUUUUUAAGCAAAAUGUGAAGUAGGCAAAACGGAAUGAAAGUGGGCUGAUAUUGUUGGCAAUUACUGUUUUAUGGGCGAGCUUUUUUCGUGGAAUUUUUUUUCUACUUUUACCAUUGAUUUGGCGAAAGAGUGACCAAACAAACAUAAAUUAUCAUUCUGUUUUAUGUGUAAAUAAGUUAUAAAAUUUGAUCAAUAUUCUUUCGCAAUUUAUGUUUUCGUUGUCUCGAACAUUCAUCGUUUUGUGAAUUGCAAUUGCAUUCAUCAUCGAUGCGAUGUGAAUGGUGAUGCUAUCCGAAAAAGAAUAUGUAAAACGAAGUGAAGAAUUGAAUGAGAUUCGUUUAGUGUUGUGAUUGUAUUUUGUGUAGAGAGAGAAGGAUAACCGAACGUGCAGCGGCUUUAUAAAUGACAAAUCUGAAUGAUAAUGUUGGAUUCUGGGACUCGGUUUUAAUUGAAAAUUUAACCGAGGAAACAUUCAUUUCCAACAUUUAUCAGCGAUACAAACGGGGUCUUAUUUAUACAUAUAUUGGUGCCUUUCUCGUUGCCAUCAAUCCAUAUAAGGCGAUUGCAAACUAUUCCACAGACACAAUCCAAUGUUAUGCUAAAUCAAACUAUUUCAAAUUACCACCACAUAUCUACGGUAUCACAAAUGCCUCUUAUCGCAGCUUGCAGGAUCAAAAUGAGAAUCAAUGUAUGUGCAUUUUGGGCGAAAAUGGAAGUGGCAAAACUGAAAGUGCCCGAAUCAUUUUACAUUUUCUUUCCAACGUACAUUCCGAUCAUACGUUGAGCGGUAAAAAAAUUCUUCACAAUCAAAAUAGUACACGAUUGAUGCGAUGCAAAAGUCUGGCUUCAUAUCCAAAAUACGAAUCGUUAGUGGACGGUUCGUGUCGCUCUAAAAAGCGCGACUCAAUUAAAUUUGCACGAAAAGCACAUAAAUCGUCGGGAACUGUUGAAUUUGAUCUUCGAAAUCAAUACAAGAGCUUAGACGAUGUUUCGCUCAACAGCAUUUGUGAUGACAACAAAUGGAAUCCGAAAAUUUCCCGUUCGGUGUCAUCAGCAAUUAAUACGCCGAAGGCAAAAUGUUCCGUUGAUCAAAUCAAUUGUGAUGAAAAACGUCGAUGGAGCGCCGUUGAAUCGAAGGCUUUACAAUGUGAUAGAACGCCGACAAGAAAAAAAAACUUUGUUGUCAUGAAAAAAGAUCUACAAUGCGAUAAAUGCGGUUAUAUUAAGUCAAUUUGUGAUGAUAACAAUGAUGAUGGCAUAACCGGCGGCAGUGGCAUCAGCAACACCAGCACCGGAAACAACAACACUAAAACCAACAAUCGAUGUUCAAAGGGUACGUCGUGCCAUUUAAGCGAUGAACAUUUUAGUACCAAUUAUUUUAAGGAUAAUGCCACAAUAAAAUGUACAAACUAUAAACUAAAAUCCGGAUCAACGUAUUCGCUGAGUCGAUCAUCGUCAUUUAUUAAUUCAUCCGAUAUUCAUUUAACGAUACGAAGACGCAUUGUUUACGCUCAAGUUCUGUUGGAAGCAUUUGGAAAUGCAUCAAUACCACUUAAUAGCAAUUCAAGCCGAUUUGGAAAUUUUUUCGACAUUGAACUCGAUUUCAAAGGAGAUCCACUUGCAGCUCACAUUAAUUGCUAUAUGAUUGAAAAGUGGCGUGUAACAGAUCGUUUGUACGGUGAACGAAACUUCCAUAUAUUUUAUCAACUGCUAUGCGGUGCAGAUAUUGCAUUUCUAAAAUAUAUCAAACUUCAAAGAAAUAGUGAGAAGUAUGCACUUUUGAAAAAUGAUCCAGCUACAAAUACCGAUCGAGAAGAUUUUGCCUAUACGAAAAAAGCGCUUGACGUUAUUGGUCUCACUUCGGAUGAAAUCCUUAGCAUAUUUAAAAUGGUCUCAAUUAUUCUUAAGUUAGGAAAUCUGAUUUUUAUACCAACAACAAAUAUUGAUGGAAGUGGAGGGUGUGAAAUAACUAAUGAUUAUGAAGUCAUUGAAAUAGCCGAAAUUGCUCAAUUGAAUCCGAAUAUUUUGAUGAAUUGUUUGACAAAAGGUGAUCAUAAUUGGCGCUACAAUGAUUCUGAUUCGGAUCUCGAUGCGUUGAGUGCGUCACGUAUUCGAAAUGCGAUGUGUAGAACCAUUUAUGGUCGUCUAUUUACUUGGAUCGCUGGAAAAAUUAAUGAAUCACUCAAGAUAAAGCAUGGAUCGCUACAUGGGAAAAACUUUGGAAUACUGGACUUUUUCGGUUUCGAAAUAAAUAAAACAAAUCGUUUUGAGCAAUUAGUUAAUAAUUACUGUAGUGAGCGAUUGCAUCAAAGUUUUCUUCAGAAUAUUUUUAAAAAUCAACAGGAAAUUUACCUCAAAGAGGGUCUUGAUUGGAACAAAAUCGAUUUUUUCGACAAUUAUGCAAUUUGUGAUUUAAUUGACAAAACAAACUACGGAAUAUUGAAUUUAUUAGAUGAGCCUCAUAUCAAAUCGGAUGAAGCAUUUUUGCUACGUGUACAACAAUGCUGUGCUGGUAAUCCAAAUUUUUUACCCGAAGACAAUAAUAUGCUGCGAAAAAGUUUUCAAAUAAGACAUUUUGCCGGCCAAGUGAGCUAUUCCGCAACUGGCUUCAUGGAAAAAAAUGCCGAUAAAGUACCACGAUACAUAAGUACCGGUUUGUUUCACAGUAAAUUGCCUUUGAUGCAAAGCCUAUUCCCUGAAGGCAAUCCGAAUCGUACACAUCGUCAUCCAGCAAGCAUUUCGUCAAACAUUCAAAUGCAAUUGCAAUCAUUGUUGUCAUUGAUUAAAGAUAGAAAAACGCAUUAUAUUUUUUGUAUCAAACCGAAUGAAUUAAAAAAAGCAAACUUAUUUGAAUUGCCAUUGGUUCAGCAUCAAAUACGCUAUACGAAUAUUAUGCCAUUAGUUAACAUUUGGAGAAUGGGUUACUGUUUCAAUUUAAGCCAUUUAAACUUUUUAAAUCGUUAUAAGAUACUCAGCCCCGAAACGUGGCCAUUUUAUCAAAUUGGUAGUGUGAUUGAGGGCAUCGCAACAAUUAUAAGAGAAUUGCCAUUGCCAUCGGCCGAAUUCAUUUUGGGAACAACGAAAGUUUUUAUGCGCAGCCCACGAACAGUUUUCGAAAUGGAAGAGUUUCGACGAAAUCGAUUGAAUGAAUUGAUUGUGAUAAUCCAAACGAAAUUUCGAUCAUAUAUUCAACGAAAACGAUUUUUACGAUUAAAGCACUGCCAAAUUACUAUUGCCCGCACAUGGAGAGCACAACGAGAUUGUCGAAUCGAUGUAUUAAACGCUGGUAGAAGACAUGUUUGGCAAAUUUCUGCAGCUGCCAAAGAGAAACAGCGAAUGUUAAGAUAUCGAAAAAUGUCGAAAUGGGCCGUGAAUAUCAUUGAAAACUAUUAUAUUAGACGAAAGAAACGCCAAUUUUUAAUGACACUCAUGCUAAGGUUACCGUCAACAAGCUACAGCCCGAUAAGCAAUGAAUGGAUUACUGCACCACCGUAUUUAGCCGAAACAUCAUGUCUGUUGCGGAGCAUUUUUCAUAAAUGGCGUUGUUACAAAUAUCGACGAAUGUACGAUCAAGUGGCACGAAAUCGAAUGCGUGAAAAACUCACCGCAUCAGUACUUUUCAAGAAUCGAAAAACAUCCUAUCCUUUAAGUAUCCCGCAUCCAUUCCUUGGUGAUUAUGUACGUUUGCGUCAAAAUGUCCAAUGGAAAAAAUUGUGUAUAUCUUUAAAUGAUCAAUAUAUUGUUUUUGCUGAUAUCGUGAGCAAAAUUACACGUUCAACGGGAAAAGUAGCUCCAAUCUUAAUGGCGCUGUCAACAAAUGCAAUGUUGUUGCUUGACCAAAGAACACUUCAAAUCAAAUAUCGAAUUCCAGCAACCGAAAUCUAUCGAUUGUCUUUGAGCCCAUAUCACGAUAAUAUAGCUGUGUUUCAUAUUAAAGACUCGGAAAUGGGGCGAAAAAAGGGUGACUUUGUCUUUCAAACAGCCCACGUCAUUGAAGUGAUUACAAAGCUCUUCUUGGUCAUUCAAAAUGCAACCGGACGACAACCGGAAAUUUGUAUUGACUCCGAAUUUGAUGUGAUGUUUAGCAAUCAAAGUGUCACACUAUCAUUCAAAUUGUCGGCUGGAUUGAAUGAUGCACAUGCGGCACUUCUAUCACCACACGUGAAAAUCACCCGAAAAAGUGAUCGAAUGGAAAUUGUCAUAUGAUUUGAAAUCGUUUUUUGGGCUAUACUUUUUUGUAACGAGCCAGCAAGGGUAGAAAGAGAGAGAGAAAGAGUUCAAAAAAGCCAAUUUUAGGGCAGAGAUCAUGUUCUGUUUGAUCGUCAAGUGCCAAAAAUAUUUCAAAUAUUAUAGUGAAAUCAAAUCAAAACCGUUGCACUUCAAAAUGGAUAAUGAAAGAAAUAGAAAGGAUUGUUGUUCGUAAUCCAAAGCAUUUAUAUUUUUUAUCCCAAACUUUUUCUUCUUCUAUUAAUCCACGAAUGAUAUCAGUUAAUUUACCAUGAUUUUUUCAAUUGAAAUAUUUGAAAUACAUCAAACCGACUAUUAUACUCAAGAUUUCAAUUUACGCACAAUAUACAAAGGAAAAAUUCAUCCAAUAAUUCAGCAAAGCGCUUGUAUUUCAUACCGAUUAAUUUUUUUUCCUUCGAAUUAUUUUUGUAAUAAGCCUCUUGAUGUCCAUCUCACGGUGGCAGUAUCAUUUCAAAGCUUUGAAAUUAAAAAAAAAAAACUUAUAUAAUCUUUAUGAUUAGUUUUGUUCCACAAGUUUAUAAACCGUUACAAAAUUUAGAAUAAAAUCAAGAUGCUCGUUUCUUCGAUUCAGAAAUUAUGAGAGAAAUUAGGUGCUUUUCAUUUCUUCAGACAAGAAAACUAGUGAAAUAACAAAAAUGUGAGUGACUGUUAAACGAUGAAAAAUGUAGUAAUUUUUCUAUGCCUAUAAGCAUGAAACUUGAUGUUCGCUAAAAACCAAUAGUAUUGGUAACUGAAAUUCACACCCGAUGAGUAGGUAAUUAAUGAAACUGUUUAAAAACCAUAACCAAAGCACAAUUUGCUCAAGCAACAAGCAAGUAAUAAAAAAAAAACUAUUUAUAAAUCUAGUAAAAUUUUGUCUGUUUGGAAAAUCCCAAUAAAAAAUUAUAUAGAUUUUAAUAGAUGUUGAUUCAAUGGUCAGGCAAUUAGUACACGUCAAUAGAGAGAAAAUAAUUAAUUAAAAUACUAGACAAUUUUGGUCUCUCUUGAGCACAGAUUGACAUAAUGGAAAUAUGAAUGAAGUAGUUGAAAAUCAUAGUUGAAUCUUAAAUAUAUAUAUGUCGCAACACACAAUCGUUUUUAAUAAAUAAGAGAGACACCAUUUAAGUUACUGAAUUUCAUAGACUUUACAAAAUCAUAUUACCUGCAUGCACGUUAGAAAGUAUACACCACCCCAAUCAAAUUUUUUUGCAAAUAAAGUAAAUUUAAGAGUUCCAAUGGUUUCUUUAGUUAAAUACGUAUUUAUGGUACCAUGCAAACUACCUUCAUCUACUUGAAAUUAGGGAAUAUUUUAAUCGAUAUAUCAAUUUAGUUAUAUUGCAAUUGACAAUGAUAUGUAACAACUCUUUACAUCCUUGUAUAAAAUCACUUAAACAUAAUUUCCUGAUGACUGCGGCAGUGCGGCCAGAGGAAAAAAAAAAACACAAGAGCUUAGGAAGUUUCAAAAUAUUCGCCGAUUAAGUUCAUGCAAAAUGUCAAUCAAAGAAAUUCGAAUUUCAAUCAAAAGAGAAAAAUAUAUUGAUUUUGUGGUACCUUUUCAAAACUAAUAUUUAUUUAUUUUUUUCAUA